UGUGGAAAGCCGAGUGGAGCCAGGACUUGCCAGGUGGAGCAGACGCCCAAGCCAGCGUAGACACGGAGCGCACCCGCACCGCUCUGGGCACCUCACCGCACUGCUUGCCUCCGGUUAGAUCUGAACCGCAGUCCGACCCGCCGCCAGGACCCACUCGCCACUGCCUCCUCCACAGCACCCAUGGGGAACUGGAGACUUUAAAAGGAGUUUGGGGUUUCGGGAGCAGGGAAAUCACGGAUCUCAGUUCCUGGCCCUGGCCUCGCCGCGUCAUUGAUGGGCAACCAACUGGACCGCAUCACCCACCUCAACUACAGCGAGUUGCCCACUGGGGACCCAUCUGGGAUUGAGAAGGACGAGCUGCGGGUCGGGGUUGCCUACUUCUUCUCGGAUGAGGAGGAGGACCUGGACGAACGCGGGCAGCCGGACAAGUUUGGUGUGAAGGGCCCCCCAGGUUGCAGCCCCUGCCCAGAGAGCCCAAGCCGCCACCACCACCACCUGCUGCAUCAGCUCGUCCUUAACGAGACUCAGUUCUCCGCCUUCCGGGGCCAGGAAUGCAUCUUUUCCAAAGUAACCGGCGGCCCUCAGGGCGCCGACUUGAGUGUCUACGCGGUCACCGCGCUGCCCGCGAUCUGCGAGCCGGGCGACCUGCUGGAGCUGCUGUGGUUACAGCCGGCGACCGAGCAGCCUGCGCCCGCCCCGCACUGGGCGGUCUACGUGGGCGGCGGGCAGAUCAUCCACCUGCAUCAAGGAGAGAUCCGCCAGGACAGCCUGUACCAGGCGGGCGCGGCCAACGUGGGCCGGGUGGUGAAUAGCUGGUACCGCUACCGCCCGCUGGUGGCCGAGCUGGUGGUGCAGAACGCCUGCGGCCACCUGGGCCUCAAGAGCGAGGAGAUCUGCUGGACGAACUCCGAGAGCUUCGCCGCCUGGUGCCGCUUUGGAAAGCGCGAGUUCAAGGCUGGGGGAGAGGUCCCCGCAGGCACGCCACCUCCGCAGCAGCAGUAUUAUCUCAAGGUGCAUCUGGAGGAGAACAAAGUCCACACGGCCCGCUUCCAUAGCCUGGAGGACCUCAUCCGCGAGAAGCGCCGCAUAGACGCCAGUGGCCGUCUGCGAGUGCUGCAGGAGCUUGAGGAUUUCGUGGACGACAAGGAGUAGCCCCAGAGCAGCAGCCCUCCGCUCCUGUUCUCACGCCCGGAGAUCCUUUCCUGUCCCCUCAGUUCUGCACCCCUAAGGCCCCUAGAGCCCGCCCAGAGCCAGAGGCUGGAAACUUCAGGAACUCUCAUCCUCACUGGGCGGGCGCAGCUAUGCGCCACUAAGAGAUCCCGGUUGUUAGUGACGGUGCCGGGGUUACCCAGCCGGCGCCUUUCCCCUGGGUUGUGACGGGGAAACGGGGAGUGGACUAAGGGGAGCAAGGACACGAUCUUUCCCGCGAGCCAGCCAAUGGUCAGUGACUCUUCACCAGACAGGGCAAAUACCCGUUAGUCACAAAGGACCAUCACCACCACCCCCCAGAUGCACACACACAGACCAGUCGGAGGCUAGAAUUGUUCUUUUCAGGGCACAGUUCAACUCCCGAGAGAAUGUGUCCUCGGAUCUCCGAAUUCCCAUGAAAUCCAGCCUAUCCUAUGUACUUGGGAGCACUUGGGGACUCCAGGUUAUUCUGGGGCUGCCAGAAACUGUCUUGCAGCUCUCCAGCCCAGGGUCUCCUGACAAAACAUUCCAGGCUCCAGGCUGAGCUAGUGGUUUGGCUUCCCUAAUUUGCACAGCUGGAAGCUGACGCCAUCCUGGGACUGACCAACCCUUGGCAGAAGGGAAGCCUUCUGGGUCCCCGGAGGAAAAAGGCGCAGCAUCUCUUAGAGUGAGAAGGGCCCGCCAGCUCCGGAAAAGGAGCUAAUUCACCUGGUAGGUGGGCACUCGAAUGUAGGAAGGAGGAGGCUUUUUGCUCAGAACCCCUUGAUUACUUCUCUCCUUGCUCUGAGUUUCAGAGAGUCCUGUUUUUCAAGGGACGGGAGGAGAACUCAGAGAGGAUCUAUAACAUUCCAGAAACCAGCCUUCGGAGAGCCUAGCCAGUGUCUUUAGUUUGGCUUUUCCUAACCAGAAGAUCUUAGAAGGCAGUGGGGGGAGGUGGAGGUUGUUUUUAAAACACAACAGUUUUCCAACGAUAUCAACAAAGCCUACAGUGUCGAUGCUUCUCUUGAUCAUAUUUAGCAACAUGCUAAUGAAAUUUCAAAUUGAAAUUUUUAUUUUCAUGGCUUUAAUCCAUGAUAGCUUAAAUACCGGGGGCCAUUAGGAGUGGAAUUUAGCUAAGAGUUUAGCUGACAUUGCCUUCACUCUGGUUUCUCUCAACUCUUAUGAGAAUUCUGUUUGGGGAUAUUAUACUUAUUUACUUUUUUCCCCUGGCUUUACAAAGUAACCCUGUGAUGGCAGAGCUGUUCAUUAAUGUGUAUAUUGUGCUGAAUUUUUGUCAGUUCAAAGGUCUGCUGCUUUGGUGAAAAUCGCUAGCAAGUUCCAAGAGGGUUCUUUUCUCCAUGUUGUA